AUAAGGAGGAACCAUGCAGCAUCACUGGGACGGAGGUUCUGGCGCAGCUGAGGAAGGAGAGGAUCUGUACACCAGCAAGUAUGGCUGCUAUCGUUGCUCGCUCCCUCCACCACACUGCUCGCCGGGGUGUUCAGCUAACCUCCGUCAGGUUCGCCAAGAUGAUGGCUGAUCCAUUGGAACAUGCUACUGGAUUGGAGAAACAGGAGCUUCUAGCUAAGGCUGCAGGCAAUGAGAAUCCCUUUGAUAUGAGAGUGUACAAGCGUGUAAGUGGUGAUUCAAGUAACCCAACAGUUGUUCCAUCAUUUUAUGAAAGGAGGCUAGUUGGUUGCAUCUGCGAAGAAGACGCUACUUGCAUCAACUGGAUGUGGCUAGAAAAGGGUGAAAAGAAACGAUGUGAGUGUGGUUAUUGGUUCCAACUUAUUGAUGCUAAGCCCAUGGUUUGAAAUUUUCAGUACAUGUAAUUGCUGCAAAGUGUUCUGAGUCUGUAUAAUGUGUGUGUGGAAUACUGUAUCUCAAUUAAAAAUGUUAAUUUAUGAUGCAGUAAAAUACCAUUCCCAUCCCCCGAGAAACUUCUCUUGUACAUAAUUGAACUAUUCUGGCAAUUCCCAGUAAGAAUAAUUACUAAUUUGGCGAUUUUCUGGUUAAUCCAAAAGAUAAUUCCUUUGGGAAUAUUGUAUUUAUAUACAUGUAGAAAAAUAAAUCUAUCUAAUUA